AUGCAACAUAACUCUGGCUUUGAUUGGGAUCAUGUGACCGAGAAAUUUACUGCUCACGAGCAUAUAUGGGAAGAUUACUUUAGGGUAAACAUGUUAGAACAAGAUUUGAGAAUUGUUGUUGGUUGUGGAACUGUUAUUGUUACAAGCUUAGUUGCGAUAGGCGAUGGUGUUGAAGAAACUACUUUCGAGACGGAAGAAAGAAUGAAAAAUAUUAAUUUUAUGGACGAUAUAAUGUUUGAUCCAGAUUGUGAGGUGUUCGUCAACACUAAUAACACUCUUGACCAUAUGUCAUUAUCUCCGAUGCACUAUCCACCAUUCGUUCAACAUAAAAGUUCAGAAAAACUUCCAUCCGUUGGAAUGCGUAAUAGAACCAAUUUUGAAGCAAACCCCAAAAGCAUUGCAUUUGAGCCAAACAACCUCACAGAAAGUGUUAACAGAUUGUUCUUGCUCUGGACUAAAGAGUAUAAUUGUUGGGGCAUAUAA